AUGCUCCGAGUGUUCAUAUCAGAGGGGUUGUCUGCCGACUAUAUCUGGCGGCUUACGCCGCCAGAUAUGAGAAAUACAAGAAGUAUCAUGCGGCCAUGGAAUUACAUUCAAGCCGCCAUAGGGCGGGAGGUGGACAGAAUGGUAUUCGAGGAGACGGGCAUCCGGAGGGUGCCUCCUCCAAGACCAAGAAGGACAUCAAAUAACAGCGACAACAAUAACGACGACGACAACGACGAAGACGACUCCUCGGAGUCAGACGAUGUAUCGUCAGAGGAUGCCGUGCGCACGCCGGCAGACUUAACCGUCAGGGAGCUUCAAGAGAUUGCAAGAAUCACACAAAACAGAAGUCGCGAAGUGCAGGCGACCAUUAUAGAUCAUACCGGCCAGGAACAAGUCCAGCGUGAUAGGUGGCGGCAAACCCGACAGGACUGGGCGAGAGAGCUCAGAGACGCGUACGCCGUGGACACCGGGACGGACAUGCCACCAACCAACAACCCUGUUGUCAUGCUGCGUAUCCUGUGGCGUUCACAGAACGUCCAAAACGAGGACGAGACAGUGGAUGAAUAUGUUGCCAGAGCAAAUUGGAAUGCCUGGAACAUGUUUGCCAGGCAGGCGCAGGUCUUUUUGCGAGAGCUCGAAGCAGAGCUGGAGGCCAUUGAGGCGUUGGAAGAGUUGUGA